AUGCACCCGCAGAUUCGCCAGAUUCCGCCCGGCUCCUAUCCCUCGCAAUUUGUCACCAGGGAUCCGAACUUGAAGGUACCCCCCGAGUUGUGCCUGUCUGGCUGCUUCUUUCAAUAUCUGGACAGUGAGAAGCUGACGCAUGAUAGGGCAGAUCAGGAGAACAUCGCAAGGACUGUGAAGCUACUUGGCGGUGACAUCGACUUUGGGAUCAAGACAUUCAACGAGCGGCAAAUGUUCCUGACUCACGUCAUCAUCGAUAGCUCACAACCAGCACAGGCAGCGCUGAAGAAUGCGCUAUAUCAGUCUGCCCUCCCCCGUCGUCUUCGCGUGGUCACCAGCCAAUGGCUAUGUGACGUCGUCUCGCUGAAGAAGCUGGAAGCCCCCUGGAGAGCCGCCCAUCUGCCCGCCCCCUGGGAUGCGCAUCGUCCACAUCCUGGAAAGACGAUCGCCUUCCACGGCUUCACGAGCGAUGAGCGGACGGCGCUUCAGUUUAUGGUGGAGGCGAUCGGGGCCCGAGCCACGCCAUAUUUUACGCCGCUCCAUUCGCUACUUAUUGCAAAGGGG